AUGAGUGUUACGUCCCAAACAAGAGUCGCUGACACUACUGCUCGGGACGCGUAUGCAACACCGUUGAGCGCCGCCGAUGAUGGUCUCUAUCAUCCAGCACAAUAUGUGCAUGGAGCGGAUAAUCUUUACCAGGAUUCGCAAACCAAUCGAGGCCCUACCACCUUACAGGGAGUGCGGUCGGUUGCAAACGAAAUAGUGACAAAUAUGCUACCGUCACCGGUGUGGCAUACUACAACUAGGCUCAGUGAGAUUAGAAAUCAGGUCUCUCCAGAGAAGCAAGCCAUGGCGACAGAUAUUUUUCGGAGUUCGUCAAUUGCUUCACCAAGUGGAACCAAAUCAGCAACCACGUUCCACUUUCCAGUCACGUCUACAACAUCAGUGGCGAACAAUCUACCGCAACGGAAAGAACCAGCACCCAAGGAAUCUCGCGUUUACCAUUUGUUGAUUAUUUUUCUUGUUGCGUCUCUCAUAAUACUCAUGAUUGUGGCUUGGUUCAAGCGACACGCUGAUCGAAAGAAACCUAUACUUGCAACAAACCAGCAGCCGACCGUUGACCCGACCCUCCCGAAGGAACGCUUUGCGGCAGCUCUCUCUCAAUCCAAAGCUCUUGUGACGGGGUUCCUGGCAAUGAGCGCUGAAGCAAUAAGUGUAGUCCUAGCUUCUUUUUCCUCGGCGAAAUCCAAAGCUAAAAUUGAUCUUAAAGAUGGUACCACAACGUUUACGACAAGGCGCUCAUUGAUGGGGAGGUUUCUUGAACAAAGGAUCCGAAUCAUUAUACGUGCGGUCGUGAAAAUUUCAAAUUUUCGACGCUGGAUUCCUAAUUUACCGGGGCGAGAGAGGGCUAAUGAUCAAGCCUUCGUUGAGAAGGACGAGGACAUGACAGUAAGGUCAUCAUCCCUCGAAGAGGGUUCCAGAGGCCCGCCACGUGAUAGUGCCGACGAACAGAGUCAUUUGGAUACAAGCUACAGAGUCACGACGAAAAUUCGACCUCCACCGCCAGUGAUAAUAAUCGGGCGAACUCGCCACAGAAGUGAAAGUGGAUUGAAAGUUGAGGUACCUCGCGGGCCAGUCUCACCAGAUACAGUCUGCUUAGAGGAUGUCUGUGCAGCAAACGAGAGUUCCGAUACGUUGAGAGGAUCAGAGACCAUAUCCCUGCAAACGAUCGACGAGUGUCAUGGGCUCGGCCAGUCGCCGAGUGUGGGACUACUCAGAUUGAAUGUAUACCGGGUCGAGAUGGAGUUCGUCCCCCGCCGAGACACCCAGCUAGGGGUGAGCCAGGGGGAUGAGGUUGUCAUGACUCGUGUUUUUGACGACGGUUGGGUGAGUUGGCCGUGGAGCUCGUAUUUGAGCAAGGAUCAAGCUGAUCGACCUCUGCAGGCAUUUUGCGAACUUUUACGCACGAAGAAACAGGGGCUUGUGCCCCGUGCGUGUCUCUCCGUGUGGCCCGCUCGGCGCAACAAUACGCCACCGAGCGUGACAAGUGUGCAGCUAGUCCCUCCAACGGCAAAUAGUCACACAAACUCGCGACCUACUUCACCUAUCUCGCCUAUCUCACCAAUUUCACCAAAUUCCGCGGUGUUCCCUCGAUUUUACAGCUCUGGCUCCUCGACUGAAAGCCUGUCUUAG